ACAAAAAAAUGUGAAAAAUCAUUGCCAAAAACACUUCAGGAAUCUCUUAAAAUCUUCAGUGUUACCAAACUAAAUAAAAUCCUUAAAAAAACCGCGAAUAAAUGAUCUAAAGAAUCUCAAAGGAGGAAAAACAAAGUCCAGCCGCAAGGAAAGCCAGGUGACGGAUAUGCCGCAGAGCUGAUCGAUUGGAGCGCAGUUCACAAUUCCACCGCCAGCUGCCAGCUGGGUUAAAUGGUUGACGAUGUCGUCGUCGGGCAAGCACAUCGAACAGUAUACGAAUCCAUCCUUCGAACAGGAGUCCGAGGUGGGUGGAGCAGGAGCAGCACCAUCAGCUGCGGGAACAGGCACCGCCGGCAACGAUGCCGGCACGACACAUCGCAAAGGUCACAGGCGGCAGGAAUCGAUGUACCAGAUGACCGGCCUCUACUCGGAGACGAACAGCGGCGACGACAGCAGCAUAGAUGCGGCCCUCGACCAGGACCACCACCUGGCCGGGGAUGCGGUGGCUCAGACAGGAGUAGUAGGACCGGAUAGUGUGAUGGUCAAGUGCCACAGCCGGCAGGCGUCGGCGGGCAAGUGUCCGGUGCAGGAUCCGGAGGAGGACUUUGACGAGGAGCAGUUCCGGUCGGGUGACUGCGGAAUCCUCAACUGCCGGCCGUAUGGCAUCCAGAGGUUCGCCCGCAUCAAGAUCUUCGUCCUGCUGCUCUCCCUGCUGGUGAUGAUGCAGCAGGCCCUCAGCUCGGGGUACAUCAACUCGGUGAUCACCACCAUCGAGAAGCGCUUCGAGAUCCCCUCCAGCUACUCGGGCCUGAUCGCCUCCAGCUACGAGAUCGGCAACGUCAUCACGGUGAUCUUUGUCAGCUACCUGGGCAGCCGGCGGCACAUCCCCGUCUGGAUUGGCAUCGGGGCGGUGAUCAUGGGCAUUGGGUCGCUGGUGUUCAUGGUGCCGCAUUUCACGGGGGAGCCCAAUCCCGGGAUUGCCAUCAAGAACAAGAGCAGCGACAACAUCUGCAAGAGUGCUCUGGUACGGGACCAGGACAUGGACCUGGGCCGACUCUCCAGCGGCCUGUCCAACCAGCCGCUGGCGCCGCACACUCUCCGCGAGGACAACUGCCUGGAGGGCAAGGCCUCCACCACGGGCCCGGUUCUGCUCUUCGUCCUGGCCCAGCUGCUCCUCGGCUGCGGCGGCAGCCCGCUCUUCACCCUGGGCACCACCUACGUGGACGACCACGUGCGCACCGAGAGCUCCUCGAUGUACAUCGGCUUCAUGUACAGCAUGGGGGCCUUUGGGCCGGUGGUGGGCUUCCUGCUGGGCGCCUACCUGCUCUCCUUCCACAUGGACUCCCUGUCCUCCACCAUCAUAUCCAUCACUCCUGGCGACCGGCGAUGGGUGGGGAUGUGGUGGGGCGGUUUCCUGCUCUGCGGCGUCGUCCUGCUGGUGGUGGCCGUGCCGUUCUUCUCCUUCCCCAAGGUCCUGGCCGGCGAGAAAAAGAAGAUCCGCAAGAGCAGUGUGGUGCAGCCGGCGCUGCCCAACAAUUCCGGAGCCACUGUGGCCACCGAUGAGAUGGGAAAGGUGAAGAAGGUGGAGAUCGUGGCGGUGACCAGCAAGGAGGACCAGACCCAGCCGCCGCCCAAGGUGGACACUGGCUACGGCAAGGACAUCAAGGACAUACCGCAGUCGAUGCUGCGGCUGGUCAAGAAUCCCGUCUACAUAGUGACCUGCCUGGGAGCCUGCAUGGAACUGAUGAUCGUCUCGGGAUUCGUGGUCUUCCUGCCCAAGUAUCUGGAGACGCAGUUCAGCUUGGGCAAGAGCCAGGCCAACAUCUUCACGGGCUCCAUUGCGGUGCCGGGUGCCUGCAUUGGCAUCUUCCUGGGCGGCUGCAUCCUGAAGCGAUUCCAGCUGAAGCCCAAGGGCGCGGUGCAGUUCGUCCUAAUCACCAACGUGAUCUGCCUGGCCUGCUACGCCAUGCUGUUCUUCCUCGGAUGCGACAACCUCAAGAUGGCCGGCACCACCAUUCCCUACUACACCAGCAACAAGCCCGGCGCGACCAUAGAACCCUUCCAGGUGAACCUAACCGCCGCCUGCAACUUUGGAUGCGAGUGCCUCACCAGCGAGGUGGAGCCGGUGUGCGGCAACAACGGUCUCACCUACUUCAGUCCCUGCCACGCCGGCUGCACGGCCUUCUCCUCCAGCUCCAACUAUACCAAUUGUGCAUGUGUUCACGCCAACAUCUCGAGCAGCCUGUACCGGGGCGCUGGUGGCAGCCAGGCCCAGGCGCUCAGUGCCAACGAGGACUUUGCCGAGGUGACGGUGGUGCCAGUGGCCACUGCCGGUCCUUGUGCGACGCCCUGCCGCACCAUCUACCCCUUCCUCAUCCUGCUCUUCUUCAUGACGUUCGUGGUGGCCUCCACGCAGAUGCCCCUGCUGAUGAUUGUCCUGCGAUCGGUGUCCGAGGAGGAGCGCUCCUUCGCCCUGGGCAUGCAGUUCGUUAUAUUCCGGCUCUUUGGCUACAUCCCAGCCCCCAUACUCUUCGGCAACCUCAUCGACUCCACGUGCUUGCUGUGGAAGUCGUCCUGCGGCGAGAAGGGCGGCCGCUGUCUCAUCUACGACAUUGAGAAGUUCCGAUACAAAUAUGUGGGCCUGUGUGCCACUGUCAAGCUGAUAGCUCUGUUCAUCUUCAUUGUGGACUGGUGGCUGGUGCGAAGGCGCAAGCAGCUGGAGAAGAUGAAGCCCCUGAAUGCCAGCGAUCCCAUCAUUGGAUCCAUCAUAAGCCUAGAUAAAUUAUUCGAGGAGAAGCGUUCUGGUGCGGAACCACCCACAACCCUUGUUGGAAGCGGAGGAGAACUGAUUAUACCCACAGAGAUCCUCCGCCACUCCCGCAACGAUUCCCGCACCAUGCAAAUGGACUACUGCUAUGACAAGUGCGGCCAUGUGGUGACCCCCACAAACACCUGCAACCAGCCGCAGACCAAGUCGAAGAAGCACUUCCGCAGCGCCUCCUGCGACGUCAAGAUGAUCAAGAGCUUUGCCCGGGACCACGGCUCGUCGAGUGGCCCGGCAGACGCCGCCGGCCAGGAGGCCGGGGCCAGCAACAAAUACAAGAAUCUCAAGAAGUUCCAGGCCCACACCCGGAACCACUCGACGGAUCUGCACGAUUCCAGCCAGCCCAUCCGAUACAUUCAGAACCAGUUGCGACCGCAGGACUGCGCCGAGGAGGACGACGAUGACGAGCUCACCACCGGAUGUGGACACUUUGUGAAGAAGCACUCGCGGAAUCACAGCUACGACCAGAUAUACAUGCCCAACAACAUCCGGUUCGAUGCGGACUUCCUGCGUCAUCCCCACGCCCAUCACAAUCCCAAGAAGAACGUCAAUGUCCUGAAGAACGUGGUGUCCGAUUCGGGAAAGCUGAAGAAUUCGAAUGAGAUGGAAUCGGGGGGCAGUGGCUCUCGUGGUCAUUCGCGAAACAACUCCAAGGACUUGAACACCAAAAUUCCCAGUGGAACGGCGUCGAACACCAGCGCUGGACAAGCCACAGCAAUGGACGCCACUGCCACGGGUGCGGGUCUCAGUGUGCUGCGCCAUCGGCGCACAAACUCGAAGGAUCUGAACUACCAGAUACUGCCGGAGACUGUUCCCGCCAGUGCAUCGCAUGCUCAUCCGCAUUCUCUGCACACUCGGAAUUCGUCGCAUCACAAGAUCCAGAUAGACGACGACCGAAACGAACUCAUCAACGACAAUGACGACGAGGAGGAGGAGCGCUCCAACUGUGCUUAGUGCUUAGUGUAAUGUCGCGUAGCUUUAAGCUAGGAUGUGUGGGAUGCUGCUCAUUGUACUUACGGACCGAGUGUUCAGAUCUACCUGUAGACUCUCAUCCAAAAUAGAAGUUCUUUGAACACGAACACGAAUUCCCGACAGUUUUCAGUUAGCCAGGCGUUAGAUUAGGGAUAUCCUAGUAGGCCACUAGUAGCGUAUUGUAGGAUAGACGUAGAUCGUUGUGAUAGGCAUAUUUUGUAAUGUAUUUUAUAGAGGAGGAGUGCCGACCCAGGAGUAGGAACAGGCGUGUAGGUAGGAGGAUGUGUUUCACUGUUCUCGGCAAUCUCGGUUUCGAUGUGAGACUGGGAACUGAGAACUGGCCAGGGAGAAUAGCAUAUGGGGGAAUAAUGAUCCGAAUGAUCCGAACAUAUAAACAAUUGUCAAUGGAAAUUGUGCUGUGAAACAAUGUGUGAGUAUACAACAACAACAAAAUAAAAUAAAACACUAAAAAAUUAU